GACUUUUAGUCAGUGUGUGCAAUGAAUGGCCAGUGUUUUACACAGUUUGCACUCUGAUCAGUUCUCCACUGAGAGGAUGGCAAGCCUUAGAAUAGUCUUAACUAACCUGUUUGGAUUGUAUCUAAUAAUUUCUGGCGAUCAUAGUGGAUGCUGCUUGGACACUGUUUGGCAGCCGCCAAGACCAAGCAUCAGUCAUUUGCAGGCUGUCAGUGGUGAGCAAAGCCUCUCUGUGAGCUGGCUGGUAAACCACAGCGGCUUAGUGGGUGUCGUUACUGAGAUCCAGAUCAGCCGCACUGAAAACUACACUGUCAUUUACAAUGAAAAUGUCAGUGCACCCACUGCAGAUUUAAAUAGAUACACGUGGACAUGGACUUCUGCUUUGCCCCUGGAGUGUGUUGAUCAUUCAGUCAGGAUACGACAUUUCUACAAUCAGUCUGUCCCGAGUCCCUGGAGUGACUGGGUAACUAACUAUGGUGUUGAGGCAGAGGAUAAGCCCAAGAUCUUCCCUUCUGAGAGGGUGCUGAAGGAAGCCACCAGCGCCAUGUUCUGCUGUGUUCCCCGCGUUGGAGUCCAUAUCGCCAAGUUGACAUUCAAUAAUAGUGUUAAAUACCGUCUCAUCAGCAUUGGGGCCAGAGUCGGGGCUAUUGCGGUAGACAACCUUACAAUCCCCAAAGCAUUCAUAAAUGCAGUGCUACUCAGUUGCACUGAUACAUCAGGCAGGAGUAAUCACACCUGGAACUAUGUCAGUUUCCCUCCCCAGAAGCCCAGAAACCUCAGCUGUAUGACCUCAGACAUGACAUCUGUCACGUGCACAUGGGAUCCAGGCAGAGAACGACCCAGAUAUGAUAAAAACUCUGAAACACACACACUCCACAUAGUGAACUCGGACCAAGCUCCCAUCACAUGUGAGCCGUCAUCUUGUACUUUCUUGGUCGUCCCACACUUAGACGAAUACAACAUCAGUGUGGUGGUGAAGAACCAGCUGGGAGAGGAGAUGAGGAGCUACAGCUUCAACAUCUCUGACAGAGUGUUUCCUGUUGUGGAGUGGGACAUAGUGAGCCCCGGGGUGACAAACGCCACUGUGUCCUGGAUCUUACAGGGGAAUUUGACUCAACUGAACUUCCUCUGUCAGGUCGCUACAGACCCACAUGGCACGACAGAGCUCAGCUGUGAUCGUCACUGCAAGGUCACACUGGAACAUCUGCUUCCCAGCACCCAUUAUUCUACUAAAGUACGCUGCUCUGCCCGUGGCAGGUUCUGGGGAAAGUGGACAGGGCCCGUGUCCUUCACAACCUAUCCUUUAGGAACAUUGAACUUGUGGAGGAGAAUAAAGCAGCUGUCUGACCCGAACAGUCGUUGGGUUACUUUAUUGUGGAUACCGCAUAUUUCUGGCUCAGCAAACAUGGGGAUCAUCCAAGGCUAUACAAUUCAGUGGUCGCAGGAAGGCCAAAACAGGACAAAGUGGAUGGACAGUGGACAGACCAAGGCAGAGAUCUCUAUUGGUCCAGGACGGUGCGAAUUCAUUGUCCAGACUGUCCUCCAGGACGGUCUCGCCAUCCCCGCUCGCAUCACCAUCCCAGAGAUGGACGUUAAAGAAAACCUUCCAGUAGAGAAGCGGUUGAGCAGUGGCAUAGCUGGUAGUUUCAAUCUGUCUUGGGCUGAGCAGGUCACUGCCACUUGUGGCUAUACAGUGGAGUGGUGCACCCUGGGAAACACAGCGCCCUGCACUCUGCAAUGGAUGAGGAUACAAAAGGGAAACAGCACUUUAUUCCUACCUGGUGAAAAUUUCAAAGCAGGUUGUAGGUAUACAUUUAAUAUCUAUGGAUGCACAGAGAAUGGGCACAGACUACUGGAGAUACAGACUGGAUACUCACAAGAACUCAAUCCUGUACAGUCCCCGAGUUUGGUUGAAGCUGUUCAGAGCAGUUCCUCAUCUGUGACACUGGAGUGGCAUUACAAUGAAGAUGACCCAGCUCAUCCGGCAUUCAUCACUGGUUACUUGGUUAUAGCGCAGGAAUUAGGAUCCCAUAUGCUGCCAGGUUCUGCUGCAAAUAUGUUCAGAGUAUCAGUGGAAGACCCUGGCAGGAAAUCUGUGACCAUAGAGGGUCUGCAGCAGGGCCGUGAAUAUGCUUUCUCUGUGAGCGCUCUCACUAAGUGGGGGCCUGGACAACCAGCUAGUAUCACCGCCAGGACCAAAACUAACUACUCUGCUUACUUGGCAAAGAUACUGACACCCAUCUUUUUGGUGCUGGGCUGCACCAUUCUCCUGUGGCCUCAAAGAAAAAUGCUGAAGGAGAUGUUUGCUUAUCCUGCUGGAAUGAGCAUCAAAACUUCAGAGUUAGAGACUUUCCUGAAUCAGGCUGGUGUGAGUGUGCAGUCUCACAAGGUCGAGGACUGCAUCAGCUGUGACAUCGAGAUCCUUGAUACCCAUCCUCCUCUGAACGAAACAACUACACUGACAGAUCCUGAACCCCUGACUGCACCGCCGCCCUCUCCUAGUUCCCUCUCCUCUACUUCUUGUCACUUUCCUGUGUGCCACCCCAAGCAGUCUACUGCCCAGUCGGCCACUAUGCUCUGCGACACACCGCCCCUUCGGCAAGUAACGUGCAUCACAAAUAAGAUGUACUUUGAUCCCAUGGUCGAGGAAGUCUCUGAGCCGCAAAAAGUAGUGUUCAGUGACAUUGAAUUAAGCUUUGAACAGUCUGAUUGUCUGGAGGGGCCGUGUAGUGUUAUUUAUGGUUAUAUUGCGAGUGAUACUUUACAAGUAUAAAGUCAAAGACCCUACAGUAUGUCAUAUGUUUCAUGUCUCCAUUACACAUAUAUACUGUAAAUACAUUUGCUAAUUUGAUAUAAUGGAAAUCUGCAGCUUUCUAAUGUAAAUGCAUUGUUUUGUAUUUGUACAUGUGGUUUCACUGGACAAAUGCAGCUUUAACUCUUUAUUGUAACAGUAGUGCAGAAGACAAACCAGCUGCCAUAGAGUCCAAAGAUGUGUCUGCUGAUGCUUUUAGUGUAUACAACAGUGUAAGAGGAUUUCAUUUUAAAGAUUUUGCUGAACUAGAGAUGUUAUCUACAGGAUGCAACAGGUACUGCUGAUAAGGCACCAGAAGAUAUCAGGUGAAUGAAGAAAACAGGAGCAUGACAGAGAGGUGUGCAUCUUUUUUUGAACUUUUAAAAGCUUUUUAUUUCACUGAAUUAUCAGGGAGGAGCUGGUAUGUAUGCAUUUAUCACACUGACAUUAAAGUUGAGAGAACAGACUGGUCAGUAUUUCUUUGUAAACUUCAGCUCAUUCCUCCCUCAGGCACGAGUAGGAGGUCUGUCGCAGAAAUCUUCUGCAAACCUGCCUGAAUUCCAGUAAAUAUGCAGCUCACAACCAGAUAUAACUAAUUUAAUUUUAAAAAAUGAGAAUUAAUAGUUAGUCUUUAUCUGAUGUGCCAUUGCCUUGUGCAUUUCCAGGUGCCAAAAUGAAUCAGUGUUAAAAGAGACUUGUGCUUUAAUCAUUUCAAAGGCAUCUGAGGAACUUGAGGUUGGUUAUUGUUCUUACAUGUGUAGCUUCAUCAAGAAACUGGUUGAACAGAUCUGGUUUACAGAAUCUCCUACCCAAGAACAAUGUGUGACUAUGACCUUGGAUUUGCUUUACAUGGAAGGCCACUGGGGUAUAUAGUUUUUCAAUUUUAUUUUUACUUAAGACAAGUUUACAAGAAAUGUUUUUACCUAGUAACUGUCAGCUGGCUGAUUAUUUGAGAAGUUGAGGUAUUCUGAAAGUCGCCUAAUAUUUAAGUAUAUUGUUCUGAAUUUCUGCAGCCAGUCUUUCCAGUGUAAUCAAAACCAUCUGUCCUGGUGUCAGUCAAAGCGAUAACUGGAUUACACAGGUCACAUGAUUAGCCUCACUUAUUAUUUUAACUGGUUCUGAGACAAGUAACUCACUCACAAAUGAAAGAAAAGGAACUUUCUGAUUUCAUUAUGGUUCCCACAUGAAUCCAUUGUUAGGUAUUUUUAGUCAGAUAGAUAUUGGAUAGAUACUUUAUGUAUUAGAAAUGUUUA